AUGUAUUUUGUUUCUUCUUCUUCUUCGGUUUCUGAGAGAAAGUUGGCUCAUGUUUUUAUGUUGAAAGAUGGAAUUAUGAUAUUGCAGUUGAUAUGGCCAGGCGACUAUGGUGGUCCAUUGUUUCUUUUGCCUUCUUUGGUGAUAGGAUUAUGGGUGACUGGGGCCUUAAAUGCAGUGCUAACGUCAGGACAUCAAACUGAAAUGCGACGCUAUCUCUUUAAUCACCAGAACAAAGAUGGAGGGUGGGGACUGCAUAUAGAAGGUCCCAGCACAAUGUUUGGCACAGCUAUGAGCUAUGUAGCAUUGAGAUUACUCGGAGAAGACAUCGACGGUGGAGAUGGAUCCAUCGAAAUAGCAAGAAAAUGGAUUCUUAAUCGUGGCGGUGCCACUUCUAUUCCUUCAUGGGGAAAAAUAUGGCUUUCAAUGAAUUACAAUGAAUCAAAAUAUCUAUGGCUGGCUGAGGAUGGAAUGAAAAUGCAGGGAUAUAAUGGUUCUCAAUGUUGGGAUGUUGCUUUAUCUGUUCAAGCUAUUUUGGCUACUAAACUUGAUGAUGAAUACGGUUCGAUGCUUAAGAAAGCUAAUAAUUUUAUAACACACUCACAGGUGACAAUGAACAGGUCCGGCGAUAGUAAUAGCUGGUAUCGCCACAUUUCGAAAGGUGGUUGGCCUUUCUCAACUCAAGACAAUGGUUGGUCUGUAUCAGAUUGUACUGCAGAAGGCUUGAAGGCAGCCAUUUUGUUGUCAAACCUGUCAUUUGAGACUGUUGGGAAUGCAAUGGAAACCGAACAAUUCUGCGAUGCGGUCAAUUUUAUUUUAUCCCUGCAGAAUAGAAAUGGUGGAUUUGCAUCCUAUGAGCUCACAAGAUCAUAUGCAUGGCUGGAGAAACUAAAUCCAACUGAAACAUUUGAAGAUAUCGCCAUUGAUUAUCAGUAUGUAGAAUGCACAUCAGCAGCGAUUCAAAGUCUCACCUUAUUCGCUCAACGAUAUCCGCGGCACAGGAAGGUGGAAAUAGAGACCUGCAUUGCCAAGGCUGCAGACUUCAUUGAAAGCAUACAGCUAGCCGAUGGCUCAUGGUAUGGAUCAUGGGGAGUAUGCUUUACAUAUGGGACAUGGUUUGGAAUAAGUGGGCUUAUAGGUGCAGGUAAGAGGUACAAAGACAGCAAAAGCAUUAGAAAGGCGUGCGAGUUUUUGCUUUCGAAACAACACAAGAUUUCUGGUGGAUGGGGUGAGAGCUAUCUUUCAUGCCAAUACAAGGUAUACACAAACCUGGAAGGAGAUAAGUCUCAUGUAGUGAACACUGCUUGGGCUAUGUUGGCACUAAUUGAAGCAGGCCAGGCGGAAAGAGAUCCCGCUCCGUUGCAUCGUGCGGCCAAGGUUUUGAUCAAUUCACAAAUGGAAAACGGGGAGUUUCCUCAACAGGAAAUAAUGGGAAACUUCAACAAGAAUUGUACUAUAAAUUACUCAGCAUACAGAAACAUUUUUCCUAUAUGGGCUCUUGGUGAAUAUCGAAGUCGGGUACUGCUUUGUCUCGACAAAAAGUCGAGAGCAACUGGAUAA